AUGAAACUCUCAUUAAUUUUAUCAUAUUUAUUCAUAUUCCCCAUUUCUUUGGUAUAUACUUCAUCUAUUGAACCCACAACGUCGAGAGAAAGACCAGACCCAUCAACUGCAUUCACGCCACCCCCAAAAGUCCCAGUAACAACUCUUUCAGUUGACAGUUACUAUACCUACACAGAUGGCACGACAACAUAUACAUCCUUGAGGGAAGCCACCGAUAUUUGGGUCACUAUAACGAGUAAUGGUGUAGUAUUUACCACAUCUACCACAUAUAUACAGAGAUUCAGUAGUCAAUAUACUUCGAUCGCCACACCGUCAGCAGGCAGUAUUGGGUUAGGUACCAUUUCUGGCACAGUAGGUAUUGUAAGAGAGCCAUUACAAUUAACUAUAUCCAAUGCGGCUGUCAACAAACUUUCACAUUCAGGUAAAUUAUUUGGCCUGUUAACUCUACUCUUAACAUGGUUUAUUUAA